AUGAGCAAAAUCAGUGUUCCAGAAAACCAGCACUCGAAGUCUGCGAAGGACGAAGCCUUGGACGCGGAGCUCGGGCAGAUCUUCGAAACUAUCUCCACGCAAGACUUCUUCUGGCUAUGCGUUGAGUGCCUGUUACUCUCCGAGCGAGACAUCGGAAAACCAACCAAGCCCUAUGUAGCCAUCAAGCAAGAGAUGAAAAACUACGUGAGGACGGCAUUCAAGGAGAUCUUCCAAAGCACGAACGAAGAAAAACUCCUCGAAGCCGCUGGGAAAUCUCCGGAAGUCCGAGUUGACUUACACGUCACUCUCGUCCAGGCAGAGGAUCUUGUCGCCAAAGACGUGAGUGGCAUGUCCGACCCUUUCUGCGUCCUUCGCGUCGGCUCUUCCCAAGCGCAGCACAGCAGCGUGAAGCAUAAAACCGUCAAUCCGUGCUGGAAUGAAGCUUUUCAGAUUCGAAUCGAGGACCCGGCGAAUGACGCUUUUUGCAUUGAAGUUUGGGACAAGGACCCGCGAACCCUGUGUGGCGUUUGUCGGGAGCUGUAUGACGUGCGUUCGUGUGCCUCCUGUUUAGUCUUCCUCCGGGAAUUCCUCGAGGUGGUCUGCUAUCGCAGCGCAGACGACUUUAUGGGAAGCGCCGUCAAGACCAUCAGCGAGAUUCCCUGCACGGGAGGCGAGAUGUGUCUCCUGCUGAAGGAUAAGCGUAGGCAGGGAGCUUACGGAAAAAUCUACCUAAAGCUUGGAUUCAAGUGCCAGUGUACCAACCCCCCAAACGCGUGGGCUGUCUUGAAGUCACACUACUGCCUCAGCCUCGUUUUUCUUCUUCAGCAUGCCACGGCGGUUCAUCCUGACAUUGCUCUUAGUUGGUGCGAGUGGGACGAGUGUCUUUCCGAAGAAGGCUUAACGUUGCUAUUCAGGCACGCACUGAGCAAGGGCAUAGUAGAGAUCGAACAAUGUUUUUGCCGCAUAACGGCCCUAACAAAUGUUUCAAGGUCGAACAAAGUACGAGUGAACUUCUCGGUCCUCUACCAGUUGCUUGCACGGAUGAAAUGGUUGCUUGUCGACGCGCACCACGAACUUGUUUCAAAAGCUCUCGAGACUGUCCUUAAGGCCCUCUCCAAAAUGUGCCCGGCUAACUUCAGCGGGCUGCACGAGAAAUUUAGUUUAGAAAAAGAGCACCAGCGUAUGGACUUAUCAGGGCUUCUGUUUUGCUGCGUCACAAUCGAAGCUUUAAGUGCUAUCGAGAUAACCGACCCUGCGAGCACUGUGGUAAGGGGCGAAGCGGCUCUUUGGUACGAAAGUCUUGUGAACAGGGAAGACUUGAGAUCCGAAGAUUUUUCCUCGCUUUGUCAGUGCCUUGGCAACGUGCUUUCAACCAUACAGGCGUAUCACGAAGAAGCGGAUAAAAUCUUUAAGUCUGCAUGGAACGAAACGUACAGUCAGAUUGUGCGCAAGGAGCUUGAUUUUUUUCUCUCAAGUACUUUCAAGCCUGGUUUGAGAAAAUUUUGCUCUGAACUGCAGGACGGGACAAAAGAAACCGAAACCGGAUAUUCAGCAAAAAUUGAAAUGAGCCUUAGGGCAUUUUAUCGCCUCCACGACUUUCAUCGCACGUUGAACAAGAUGCUACCAGUUGAGAGAGAGAAACUUGAAUUGGAUACGAUUGAAGAGUGGUUUGGAUCUGAAACGGUGAUGCUUUGGUUUGAUUUCGCCAAAGUCCCAGUGUCUGGAUGGAUCUCAGAGUCCGUUAGCAAAGACGACAUGUCACCUCUUGCUCGUGACAUCAAAUACGGUACCGCAGUUCGUGACACACUGGACAUUUUUACCACCCGUUACGUCCAAUUAUGGGAAGAGCUCCAGUUCCGGGACUUCCGCUGUGCCCUCGCUUUCGCGACAUGCGUGGGCGAGGGCGGUCUGCAAUUUUCGAAGUGUCUGGCCCAUCGAAUCUCAGCCGAACGAUAUUUUGACGCUGUCGGGGAAUUCCAGAUUUCGAGACAGCUGUGCGUCGCUAUCAGCAGCCUGACGUCCAUGUCAUUCUUUCUACAGAACACCCUCGCUCAGUUGGAACUUUUUCUGUCGAGGGACUCAGGUCUCGCUCCCAAUGCGAAUCAGAUCGUUUCCUGCUUGGAACUGGCGCUCGACGAGACGCUCGCAAUUGUAACCCGCGUGUGUUCCGAGGCCGCGGAUAAACUGAAACCCGAACUUUGUGCGAGCUUGUCCCAAGUUGCGAACGCGAGCUCGGAAUGCAUUCAGGAGAAGAAACUGUACUUGUUGCAACAUUACUUGGACACUCGUAUCAGGAUGCUUGAUGAGCAUCUCGAAGCGGUCGCGUUUCGAAUGAUUCUGCGCUUGCUGUGGAAAUGUGCCUUGAUGGCGGUUCGGGCAGAAGCUGCGUCAGUGCAGGAAGACUACCUCUGCCGAAUCACGACGGCGUCUCUCAGCUAUGUCGGCUUACACCAUGCGCUAUUGAAAAUGAAAAGCGCGUUUGACGCCGGAGGGCAAGGUCUUCCCGUAGAGGAUAUCAAUACCAAGCUGUACUUGGAGCUUGAGGCGCAGUUAACUAAUAUCGUUGAUGCGCUAGGCAGCGGCGGCGCCGACUCAAGUACUUAG